AAAAACACAUAUUUAACCUGAGGAUGAAAUCACGAGCAGACACAAAACAAGUUACGGGAAAACGAGAAAAAAACUCGCCCUCUCGGGGGCUCCCGCGACCGCCCCGGCGACCUCGCAGCGACGGAAAUCCUGGCGGCCUAGAUGGCGGCCCCAUCGACGGCGGCUCCGCCGGAUAAGGGGGCGUCGCCUCCUGGAGAUGGCCCUAUCGGGGGCGUCUUCAGCGGUCAGGAGUGGAAGGCCUUUCGGGAAAGAUCGAGGAGGUUAAUCAAGAUGGCGAAAAAUCGGGAAAGAUGCCUCAAGCAUUCAAGGAGAAGAGUGAAGGAUUUGUGCCGUAAAUUGGCAGGUGAGAAAGGAGUAGCUUGCUUCCCUAGAAAUCUUAGUGUUGAGCCCUACUGGAAGAGCCAAGGUGCUAGUAGGAGGGGUCUCCUCUUCGGGAACUACUCUCGCGGCGACAAGAAUCCGACUACAAGCAUCGCCAACAACAACAACAAUAACGCCAAGCCCAUGGACGUCGUCAAGGUGGCCACUGCCGUGAGUGGUCUCACAGUCUCUGAUAAGGGAGCCGCUACUUCAGCCAAGACGACCGCCGGCCAGAAGGGCCGGGUUCAGGAGGUCCUGGCGCAUGCUCCGGCUAGUGCGUCACUUGGUCAGGUGGACCAGGUGGGCGCGCUGGCUGCUCCGGUCCAGGGCCACACGCCCUUGGAGGACUCGUCCUGGUGCAACGCAUGACCAGGGGGCCUCCCACUCGGCCAGGAGGGGUCGGGUUCCUGUGGCUCUUUCGCCGGCUCCUUUUGGAGCUGCUCCCGGUCAGGCGGACCAGGGGCUCUGGCUGCCCCUGCUAACCUUGGCCAGGAGGGCCAAGGGUUGGCAGUGCUGGGUUGCACCCAUCCAGGUGUUCUGCAUGGCCAGGAGGGCCGCGAGCUGCUGCGGCCGGUAGUACCCAGCCAUGCCAAGGCGUUGGUUGCUGCUGCUGGCCAUAGUGGAUAUCCUACUGGCCAGGAGGGUCAGGGGAUCCAUCCGAUGGGUGGAGGCAGCCAUUCAUAGGGUGCAGCUACAGCCGCUGCUAAACAUGAUGGGUUAUUAUUCAUGCCCGGUGUGCUGGAGACUCUUUCAGGGGCUGUUGCUGCUAGGCUGGCUGCUCAAGAGACAACAAAUGGUAAUGUGGCGUUUACUUUUAAUGCUGGGAAAAAUUUGAUGCAGGGCAAGCAAAAGAGGAAGGGGAGCAAAGGAAAAAAUGUGGGAGUUUCUAAGAGAGCAGAGAACGCACGUAAGGUAACUAUAGGUAAAAAGAGGAGAAUCCCAUUGAUACGUCUUCAACGUAUCUAUAAUUUUUUAUUGUUCCAUGCUAUAUUAUAUUCUGUUUUUGGACAUUAUUGGGCUUUAUUAUACACUUUUAUAUUAUUUUUGGGACUAACCUAUU